AUAAAAUUGUUUUGAAAAUUUUAGCUAAGACAGCAUUCAUCAAUUGUUGUGCUCGCCGAUCGCCCUGUCAUGCAGCUGCCACAAGCAAACAGUCAGAACAAUUUGACAUUUCUAAAAUCAAACUACAAAUACAAGCGCAGAAACAUGCUGACAAUGCGCGCACUUCCGCUCGAAGCGCGUAAGCCAAACCAAUUAGCGACAACAUUGUCAAUGACGAAGACGUCAGCAACAGCAAGAGCAACACGAACAGCAGCAGCAGCGGCAGCAGCAGUAGCAACGGCAGCAACAGCGGUGGCAACAACUCAUCGCAAAUGUAGCACAAUUCUAAGUUUAUUUAUAGUAAUCAUAUGGAAGGCUUUGCAAGCAAUGGCCAAUUGCCUGCGUUAUGCUGGCCGCAUAAUUGCCAAAGCCAAUGAUGAUGAUGAUGAUGAUGACGAUGAUGGGAAUGCGUAUGUGAAUGCUGUCCAUGACCAUGACGUCAAUGUGGCCGCAGUGAGACAAUCCCAAAUACAACCACACUCACACUCAGAUUCACACUCGCACUCGCACUCACAUUCAUAUUCACGCACUACGCACGCCGGCAACGACAACGACAACAUUGACGCUAAUGACGAGGUGUCAUCGGCACGUGAACAACAACAACGACAACUGCAGCAACAGCAACAGCAACGACAACACCAGCAGCAACAUUUAUCUAGUUCUAGUCCACAAAAGAGCAGCCGCUGCACGACAACAGCAGCAGCAACAGUAGCUGCAGCAACAACAACAACAGCAACAACAACAAGAACAAGAGCCAUGUUGCCGGUAGCAGGCAAGUCUGGACUUCCAUUGAUGACUUUGUUAAUUGCAUUGCUGCUGAGCAUGCGCCUUGCAUCGGCUGGCACCUGCUGGCAGACGCAUCUGGGCAGCGGGAAGUGCAAUCAAAUAUUUUCAACGAACAUCACAAAAUCGGAUUGCUGCGGCGCCAGCCAGACCUUCUCCUACACGGAUCGCGAGCUGAGCAGCGUCGAGUACUUCUUUGCGACGGCCAUCGGAGGCGGCGUCGAGUGUGCACCGUGUAUAGAGAGCUGCAAGGGCUUCAAAUGUGGGCCAAACAAGAAAUGCGUGAAGCGCAAGGGCAGACCAAAGUGUGUGUGUGCGCCCGAGUGUGGAGCAACACUACGCCGGAAGCAGCAACAACAGCAACAGCAGCAACAGCAACAGCAGCAACAGCAACUGCAGCAACAUCACAGAGCAACAGAGAAACAGCAACAACAGUCACAACAACAGUGGGCGUCGUCAUUGUUGUUGCCGUCGUCGUCAAUGCCGACGCGCGGUUCACGUAGUCUAAGUAGCGAAAUUACAAACAGCAAUUUAGGUUUAGAUGGCGCCAAACGCCAGCAUAAACAAAGCGACAACAACAAUAACAACAACAACAGCCACAGCCACAGCAACGGCGCUGAUAACCAAAGAAAACAAGAACAACAGCAACUGCAACGUAUGCCAAAGCGAGCAAGUCAGCGAAGGGGCGCACAGGGCGAAACGAAACACAGAAGACUUUUGAUUAUAGACAGCAGCAAUUUGCAAGAGCAGCCCACAACCAGACGACUGCACAUGGAGCACACCAGCGACAGCGACAACAGCGGCAACAGCGGCGGCAAAGUGAAAAUGCAGAUGAAGGUAGAAAUGGAGAGAAUGACGCCAACAUCGGCAGGGGCAAUGCGGGGCAGCGAGCGGCGCAGACAUAGAAAAAAUAACAGCAGCAACAGCGACAGCAACAACAAUGGCAAACACUUAACAAGAUCAAUGACGACGGCAACAGGAGCCAAUGACUCGUCCGCUACGCCUGCGCAGACGGCUCAGUCUAGACACAAGUUGGCAAAUGCUAAUGAACCCGCCAACGACAUUAAUAGACAGUCGCAGCAGCACCAGCAGCAGCAGCAGCAGCAGCAGCAGCAAGACAAUGCGCCAGCUCGAGUCAGACACCAACAUCAACAACAGCAACAUGGUCCAAAUCACGAACAACAAUACGACAACGGAACGAAGCAGCAGCGCAGGCGUAAGCACAAGCACAACCACAAGGAUCAGCAAAGAAUGGCAGCGAAUACCACAAUGUCUGGGCUUGGGUCUGGGUCUGGGUCUGGGUCUGAGUCUCAGUCUGGCGGACGUCGUCGUCUCUAUCUGGCUGAACACGGAAGUGAAACGGCUGCGUCAUCCAGCAGCCGCAGCCACUUGGAUAAUGCCGAUGAUUUAGCAUUUAUGGCUGGAAUUUAUGAGCCAGCGCCAGUGCAGCAGCAGCAGCAACAGCAGCACCAACAGCAACACACGAAUCCGGUUUGUGGCAGCGAUGGUCGCACCUACAAUACAGAAUGCCAGCUGCGCAAACGCGCCUGCCGCACCAACAACGCCCAACUGGAGGUUGCCUAUCGCGGCCACUGUAAGACCAGCUGCAAUGGGGUCCAGUGUAUGAAUGGCCUGAGCUGUGUAGAGGAUCAGUAUAUGAUGCCGCACUGCAUAACGUGCAACAUCGAAUGUCCCUGGGAUGACAUAGCAUAUGAUCUGGAUGGCGAUGGGAGGCCGGACGAGUCGGUAAUUGUUGAAGAACGUGCGGUUUGUGGUGUCGAUGGCAAGACUUACAGGAGUACUUGUGAUAUAAAUCGUAUGAUUUGCAAAAUUGGACGAUCAAUUGCAGUGGCAUAUCCGGGACCGUGUCGAGCGGACCGCGUCACCUGUGCGGACAUCAAGUGUGGCCCGAAGGAUACUUGCCUGGUGGACCUGCAGACGCACAUGCCGCGUUGCGUCUCCUGUCGCUACAAAUGCGCCCGCAAGCAGCAGCGAACGCAGUUCCGAACGGAUAAAAUCUGUGGCAACAACAAUCACACAUACAAUUCGUGGUGUGAGAUGCGCAAGGAUUCGUGCGCCACUGGCUAUUAUAUUGGUGUGCGAUCCACUGGCGUAUGUUAGAUCAAAUUAGCGAAAUAUAUAAAAAUCACAUUAGCACAUAUAUACUUAUAUAUAUAUACAUAAAUACAUAUAUAGAGCGUAUAUAGAGCGCAUAUCUGUGUAGUUCCAACAUCCAAAGAUUCUCGUUGUGCGUUUUGUUUGAGUUGUAAACAUUGCAAGGGCAUUAAGCUGCUGCCAACUUUCCACUAUAUAUAUAUAUAUCCAAAU